GCGGGAUGAAGUACCUAGAUGUCUCAGCGAAAAUUGACCCAUGUUAACGCAGCUGCCUGGCCCCUGAGCCCAACGAGCGGACGGAUACCCUGGCUGAUGGCUUUUUUUAAAUGUCACCCUUGUACAGCAGAAGCUGGAGUAUGAUAUUGGAGAAGGCAACGCAUGACGGCGAAUUACUGCACACGAUGCUUUUGCUCACAGCCGUCCAGCACUAAAGAUGAUAUUGUGCUGAGGAAGGACACAGUAUGGCUGACCCGAAUCAAAGUUCAAGUCAAGAACCUGGUGAAGUGGCCGGCAGCAGCACGCAGCAGAGUUUGGCGUCCGUGGACACAGCUUCAGAUUCGAAGGUGCCCCUGAAGGAUGAAAAUGCGCGCGCCGCUAUAGAAACCCAUCCGGAACCGGAUUCAGAGGAUCAGCAGGGUGAGAUCGCGUCUCGGGAGAGAGCACAGAACAUUGACCAGCCAAACGCUACCACCCCGUCCGGGGAAGGAAAUACUGUGGCAGCCGCUUCGGAUCAGCCGAAAGCCGACAAUGGGCUCGAGACAAAUUCAAGUUCAGACUCGUGCCCAGAGCCGGCCACGGAGCCGAUGACCCCCAAAGGUGACGAAGGUUAUCCGGGAUUUGACCAAAAGAAGGCUUCCGAACCAGGGGAUGAGGGAAACAAACCCCCAGAGUCCGAAAAUGGGAAGGAGGUGGAAGAUGCCGAGUCCGAAGAGGACGAAUCGUGUCUUGGAAAAGUUCCGGAAGAUUUAGACGACGACUCGCCGUCUCGCCUCGAGUGGCUGCGGCAGAAAAGGGAAGAAGGUGCCGUCAGCAAGGCACUGGAUCAGGCAAUGUGUCUGAUUGGACUGGAGCAAGUCAAAUCCGAGCUUCUGCAGGGCAAAGCCGCCAUCGAUGCCAGGCGCAGACGGGGCGAGGAUCUGGCUGGAGACGCCAUUGUAUGGCAUGUGGAGGAUAAUACAGGCAUUGAACGCCUCUUUGACGAAAUGGAAAAGGAGAUGGGCUUUGACCAUGCGAAGUCAUCAAAGUGGCGUGGCGAACGCCGGGUUGUCAAACUGAUGGACUAUUCCGACCGCGAGCUCCAGGUUCAUUUGAUAAAGUUGAUCAAAAAGAGAGGGAUGAAGGUCGAGGGUAGCAUUGACGGGCCCUAUCCAGGGAUUCUUGCCGCGAGGAUAGGACGGAGUCGAGGAAAUUCUGCGUUUCAGAAUCUGGAUACCGUCAAGCAGGAGUUUAGAAAAGUGGCUCAUCGUCAGGCCGUGAGGCUUCAUCGGGACCGUAUCGAAUGGACCAAGGGCGGCGAGCAAGGAGAUGCUCCCGAUGAUUUCCUCCUCACAAAGGAGGAUCUUCUUGGUCCCCCGCCCGCAGACGUGCGGGAGAAAAGUAAAGCAUACCGCGAACUCAACGCGAUGGUCGGGCUGGAUAAUAUCAAAGAGGCCGUGGAGGAGCUUAUGGACCUUCCUCGGGCAAACUAUGAGCUCGAGCUGCAGGGCAAGCAGAAGGUCAAGGUCAACCUCAACCGCGUCUUCAUGGGGCCACCGGGAACGGGCAAAACAACAGCGGCGAAACUCUUUGGUCAAGUUCUGGUCGAUUUGGAUCUAGUGGAUAGGAACGAAGUGAUUUGCAAGGGCCCGCCGGACUUGUUAAACUGGGACAGCGGCUACACCAUCGAAAAGACUCACAAAGCACUCGUCGCCGGGCAGGGCAAAGUCCUCAUCAUCGACAACGCUUCCGAACUAUGUCCAGAUGCCCCGAAUAUCGCCUCGACAGACAGCGACAGCAAAGACAGGCCGCUGUUUGCAAUCGCAGAAACGCUCGCCACCGACGCGGAUGCAUCUUCGGGCCAGGACGGCGGCUGUAUAUUCCUCGUGGGGGAGGCGCAGGGCCUGCGUGACAUGUUUGAUAAAUGCCAUCGGGGGUUGCGCACCAGGUUCUCUCUCGACGACGGGUUCCAGUUUCCGGAUUAUGACCCUCCCGAGUUGGUCAAGAUAUUGGAAGUGAAGCUCACCGAGGCCAAUGUCACCGCCAACGAGCAGGCCAAAAAGGUUGCCGAGCAGAUCUUGUCGAGGGCUAGGCACAGGCCGGGUUUUGGCAACUGCAACAGCAUCGACAUCUUGAUACGCAAGGGACUGACGUCGCGGAGGGCACGACUCCGGAAUGAGGGUGCAGCUGCUGGCCAGGCCUCUGGCGAGAAGCCAUCGGUUCCAAGGUAUAGUUUCUGGCUGAACCAGUCUGCGGUGCUGGAACCUGAAGAUUUCGACCCGGAUUGGCGGCGGGGAUCCGAGACUCUGAGCGGAUGUGAAGAUCUCUUCAAGGAGUUUGUCGGUUUCGGUCCUAUCGUCAGGCAGUUCACGAGAUAUCAGGAGAUAGUUGCCGGGAUGCGCCUGCAUGGAGUAGAUCCGGGAUCUCACAUACCCUUUACAUUUGUGUUCAAGGGGCCUCCAGGGACGGGCAAGACGACGACUGCUAGAAAGCUAGGACAAAUCUUCUACGACAUGGGAUUUCUCACGACCAACGAGGUGAUCGAGUGCUCCGUGUCGGACUUUAUCGGCUCGCACCUGGGCGAGACGGCGCCCAAGCUUCGGACGCUGCUGGACAAGGCGCUCGGCAAGGUCCUCUUCAUCGACGAGGCCUACCGGCUCGCCAACGGGACCGUGGGACGUAAGACGGGCCGGUCGUUCGAGGACGAGGCGGUCGGCGAGCUGGUCGACAGCCUCACCAAGGAACGGUACCGACGCAAGGUGGUGGUCAUCCUGGUGGGCUACAGCGACGACAUGGAUCGGCUCAUGAAGGCCAACCGGGGCCUGCACAGCCGCUUCGCCACCGAGGUGGUGUUCCCGCAGCUGACGCCCGGACAGUGCAUCAAAUUCCUGGGCCAGCUGAUUGGUCAGAUGGGCGUCUCGAUCCGCGACAGGGAGGAUCCUGACCCCAGACAGAAGGAAAAAGUCCUCAGGGUCAUGGGCAAGCUGAUCGCGACGAGGGAUUGGUCCAACGGGAGGGACAUUGAGACGCUCGCGGCCGAGAUCGUCGGGGACGUCUACUGCCGGGAGGGUAGGAGGGGGAAGAAGUCGGCGAGGUUGCAGGUCUCCACCGAGGAGCUGGUCGGGUUUUUGUUGGAGAUGCUGAAGGGACGGCGUGCUGGGGAGUUGGUCGAUGAGGAGUGA